AUGCCAGAAAAAGGUCAGUUGGUCCCAAAGACUUCUGAGGGUGCAUAUCAGUCCGACUUUGUCCAGCAGUUUUUUUCAAACACAGCGAGAAUUAACAAGAGAGCCGUGGAGAAAGCUCUGCAAGAUGCGCUCAAGGACAAUCCAACAACAGAGGAAGGGAUUGAGAAGAAGGACAAAAAUGUGCAUUGGUUCUGUCAAAAGACUGGAAAAAUCAAGCCAAUAUCUGGAAGGGAGAACGAAGAUCAUGGGAUGAGAAAAUGGGACAUCCAGAAGCUGAUACAGAAUUGGACAAGUUUUAACAGCUUGAAAAAACUAGAGAAAAUCUUUGAAAACCUGAAGGAGGAUAGAGAGGAAUCAGAAUCCGAGGAAGAGGAGAAUAGAUCAGAUGAAGCAAAGACAGUUCCGGAAGGAGAGGAAAAAGGAGCUGAUGAUCAGAAUUGUGAAAACGAAGAAGAUAACCUACAAGUUGAGGUGGCUGAACAGGAAACAACUUCAGAAAAAAACAAGUGGGAGAAAGAGCUUCAGAAAAAGGAGGAGGAGAUAAGAUAUAUGACUGUGGAGAAAGAUAAUUUGAAGAAAAAACUGAACGAAAAGGAACAGGAACUAAGGAAAAUCACGGAGGACAUGGUGAAUCUGGAGGAACGAAAUGCUACACUUGUGACCGAGAAUUUCUGCCUUGCAUCAUCGGUGAAGGAGUUAGAGAUAAAAUUGAAGGAAUUGGAGCAAAUGUUGAGCCCAAAGACUCACACAUCAACAGCAGCUCAGCAGCACAGCUCCCCACCACCUAACUCAGCAGAAGAAAACACAGAAAAGAAAGAUCAAUCGACUGUUGAGGAAAGUCAGUCCCAAGGGAUCUGCACAGUCGAAGAAUCUGUAGCAGCAGCAGCUCAAUCUCCACCUCACUGCACAGUGGCAGAAGAAACUCAAUCGACACCUCCAUCACACAAGGACUCACAGUUCCAGAGCCCCACAGUCCACAUGCUCACAGUGGCGGAAAUGGAACAACAAGCUGACAUGUUUCAGAUAGUGAAAAGUCCUAUAGUUGAAGAAGAAUCUCAACUUCGUACGUUGAGCAUAGAGAAAGAGAAGAAGACACCAGAGCAGAGCAAAAAGGGCCAGUUAACAAUGCACCUUACACAGCAACAUUCUGGUGAAACGGUAUCAUCAAUGGGUCUCUACUCUUACGUUGUGAGAUUAAAGAAUAGGAGAAGAACACAGAAAAAGGACAACAUUUACUGGUGGGGGGAUGUGAAAGCAAAACGACAGAAGAAAGCAAAGGAGAUUGAAGAGAGAUUGAAAGAGGCUGAAAAGAAAGAAAAAGAAGAAAAAGAAAAGGAGAUGAAGGCCUCACUGCCAGAUGCUGAACGUAAAAGGCUAGAACAGAUGGUAGCACAACAGAAGUUGGACGAUGUACCAGAGGAUGUUCGGGAAGCAAUAAGACAGAUGGACGCUGCAGAAAAUGCACAAAUCAAUAAAGAGCAAGAAGAGAAGCAGCUACCUCCUGAGGUCGUAGACUGGGAGGAGAGCAAAGUAUACAAUUUUAUGGACCAGGACACCAAGAGGAGAGUCCAGAAAUACUGGCAAAAUGCACCAUCAGGAGUAUACUUCUGGGAUGGAAGACAGUAUGGAGCACAGGUUUCAAGACAGGAUUUAAAAGACAUGAUCAUGGACGAACCGAUAGCAAGCAAUUGCAUCGAAUGUUAUGGAAUUCUCUUGACUGAUCAGCUGUUGGAGAAAGAAUCACAAGACUUGGAUGUCCCAACUUUUAUGAAUCCCUUAUGCUGGAAAAUUUGA